CUAGUGACUUCGUGAAUCACGAUAGCUAAAAGUAUUCUAGACGAUAGAAAAUGACAAAUAAUUUCAAAUAUCUUAAUGUAAAGAAAUAAUCAGUAGCCACAUCUAUAAAGCUGCUAAUCAGAUGUAUAUGAGUCACCCGACUUGUAGUAAACAAAUUUCAUGAUAAUUAGCUAGAACCAAAAAUAAUUAAUUUACAACAAAGAAUGGAGGCUCUUAGCUCAAGCCAGCAAUCACUCAGAUGUUGUGAAAAGUUGGAAGAUGGGAAAGUGGAGUGCAAGUGUGCAGAAGGAUGGUCUUGUUCUGUUACCAAAACAGAGAGUUCCAAGGCUGGCAAACCCUUUUGCCAAUGUUCCAGCGGCAUCAAUUGUACCCGCCUGGAAGAAUCUGAUCCAGAGGCACAAAAAGCACUAGAGGGAUCAGAUGGUUGCAAGGUGAUGUGCAAGACAGAUGCAGGAUAUACUUGUAAAAUAAGCAAAGCAGGGGAAGUUAUAGCUGAAUGCGGAGAAGGUUGCAUUUGCUUUGUGGAUGAAACUGGGAAUGUUAAAUGCAUAACAAAAGCAACUGAAACGUCAUGCUGUGCCUCUGGUUGUAACUGAUAAUAUUAUUAAGACUGAUGUUGGAAUUUGUGGUUUUAAGUUGUUUGUAUUGAAGCUUUUGAGUAUGUUUAUGUGUUUUCAGUUUGGCUUAUCAAAUAAUAAAUAUGAAUGUCUGUUUGUUUAAAUGAGAAAACUCUUCACUGAGUUGCAAUUUUAUCAACUGUUAUUAGGUUAAA